ACAUUCCAAAGCUUUAUGAUGCUGAAAUAAACGUCCUCUCCACUUGUACCUAGGUGGUUUCUCCAUGUUGUAAGUCUGUGUGCUAUACCAAGCUGAACCACAAGGUGCUGCUGUUUUGGCUUAACCACAGUUUACGAGCUGCCCUGUCAUAGUCUGCUAGCUUGUUGACAGCUCUCUUAUCGUCUAACUUUUUUAUCAUUCAGCAGCUCUAAAUGUUUCACUUUUAGGUUUUAACGGUAAAUAUGAAUUAUAUAUAAUAUGGUAAAUAUGAGAUCCCGAGAUGAGUAAGAGCAGUAGCCUACCACUGUUGCUUAGCACAUGCUUUUGUUUUUUUGUCAUCUUGGAUACAUUCCCACAAUGAGUUUAAGUAGUGCUGCUGGGAAAUCUGCCAUGGUAUGGUAAGCAAGUCAUAGACCCAAAUUAAAUGUAACAGGACGAUCUUUAUGCACGUACAUUAAUCUGGAUUAUGCUAUAAAUGUUUUCUAAUAUACUUUCAUUAAGCAUUUAGUCUACUGUACCUUUGUGAAGUAUAUUGCCAUAUCCGGCGCGACAUUGUGCCAUUCUCCAGCUGUAUACUUGACAGAGUAGGCUAGUUAUAAAUAUUUGAAAGCGCAUCUACAGCGUCACUUCUAGUAAACUUAGUCAGAAAUUCAGCCCCGUUCCUAAAUAGCUGCUACGCUACCGUCACCUCGUCUGGCUUCGCUGCACGCCUCUUCUGCAAUGUCGGUUGUCAACACGGAAGAAGUGAAGCUGCUAAGUGUCAGGCACGUUACAUUUUUAGUCGCAGCCGCUAUGAGCAUUUUCUCUUAAAGCUGAACCAUCUCCAUCGUCCUGUCGUUUGCUGAAAUUCUUCUUAAUCCGAACCAUGCGGUUAAAAACUUAAAACCGUCCGUUAAGGAUCUAUAGAGCACGGUAAAUGUUGCAUCUUGAACGUCAGUCCACCUUAGACCUGAGCGUGAUUUGAGACCCUCUACACCCUUCUCGGGAGGCAAGAGAAGUCCAGCACUAGAAUCAGAGGUGGCCCAAGUUCAAAGGCGAGACUGCGCGUCUGCGGGAAAGGAAGGCACGCUCCUGAGAGGCGCUCUGCGCAACGGAACUGAGAGCGUCUGAAGCAGCGGCCUCCGCUCCAGCCAACCCUGGUCCGGGAGAGCUACAGGGGUCUGCUGGUUUUUUGUUUUCACCUUAAAAUCAGCACCCGGUUGAGACACAAGACGAGACCAGCUGGCCGUUGAAGUUGAGGAGAAGCCGUGGGAGUGCAUUCCGGAGAGUGGACAAUCGGCCUUUCGGACACUGUGAGCUUGGGGGUGGUGGGGAGUGUGGAGAGAGAGAGGCGGAGAGUCGGAAACACAGAAGGAGCGCCUUUGGUCAUGUGGACCAGGGUUGCUCAGCUGUUUCUGGUCAACGCUCUGUCCUGUGGCCUGGAGAUAUGCAUGUCCACCGGGACUAUCUACAUACCACCGCUGCUGCUGGAAGCCGGGAUGGAGGAGCGCUUCAUGACCAUGGUCCUGGGUCUGGGCCCGGUGCUGGGGCUGGUGUUCGUGCCCAUGAUCGGCAGCGCCAGCGACCGGUGGAGCGGGCGCUUCGGGCGGCGACGGCCCUUCAUCUGGGCGCUGGGCGCGGGCGUGCUGCUCAGCCUGUGGCUGAUCCCCCGCGCGUCCAGCCUGGCCGCCCUGGUGGCGCCGCGCCGCCGCUGCCUGGAGGUGCUGCUGCUGGUGGCGGGCGUUAGCCUGAUCGAGUUCUGCGGCCAGGCCUGCUUCACGCCGCUGGAGGCCCUGCUGUCGGACCUGUUCCCCGGCGAGGAGGAGAGCCGCCGGGCCUUCUCCGUCUACGCGCUGAUGGUCAGCCUCGGCGGCUGCGUGGGCUACCUGCUGCCCGCCGUCGACUGGAACGCCGGCGCCCUGGCCGACUACGCGGGCGGCCAGCAGGCCUUCAUCUACGCCCUGCUCACCCUCAUCUUCCUCCUCUGCAUGCUGAGCACCGCCUUCAUCUCCGAAGAGCGGGGAGGAGGGGACGUGUCCAAGAAGCGGCCGGCCGCCGCCGCCGUGGGCCCCCCCGCCGCGUGCUGCCUCCGCCCCGCCCCGCCCCAUGCCAAGCACCUGCGCCUGGCCCUGGGGGGGUGCCUCUCCGCACUGCCCCGGCUGUACCGCGCGUACCGCCAGCUGCCCCUGGUCAUCUGGCGCCUCUUCCUGGCCGAGGUGUGCAGCUGGAUGGCGCUCAUGACCUUCCUGCUCUUCUACACGGACUUCGUGGGCGAGGGGCUCUACCAGGGGGUGCCCACCGCCGCCCCGGGCUCUAUGGAGAGGCUGCGCUACGAAGAGGGGAUACGGAUGGGGAGCCUGGGCCUGUUCCUGCAGUGCUCCACCUCGGUGGUCUUCUCCCUGCUGAUGGACCGGCUGGUGCGGUCGGUGGGCAUGAGGGCGGUGUACCUGAGCAGCAUGGCCGUCCUGGCGCUGGCCACCCUGGUGAUGAGCCUCACCCGCAGCCUCCCGCUCGUCACCGUCAUGGCCGCCGCCACCGGCUACACCUUCAGCACCCUGCAGAUCCUGCCCUACACCCUCACCUGCCUCUACCACGCCGACAUGCAGGCAUUUUUCCCUCGUUCCAAUUCACAAGCGACCGAGGACCUAGAAAUAGCAGAGAGGACGUUGAUGCUGCCCCCUGGUGGCAUCAAGCAGCACUGCAGCAAUGGGCAUCCCGGCGGGAUGCCGGGGUUGGGGUCUCCGGCUUCGGGGCUGGCCGCCGCCCCCACGCUGGGCCUGUACGUGUCGCUGCCUCUGGACGUCCCGCUGGCCACGCCCCCCCGCGGGUUACCGUCGGAGCCUCCGCGCGGGAUGGGCCUGGACCUGGCCAUCCUGGACAGCGCCUACCUGCUGUCGCAGCUGCUGCCCUCGCUGCUCCUGGGCUACGUGGUGCAGGUCACCCGCAGCGUGGCCACCUACAUGGCCUGCGCCUCCGCCUUCAGCCUGCUGGCCAUCUGCAUCUCCAGCAGGGUCAUCUUCGACAGGGCCGACCUGGAGCGCCGUGGGGUCGGACCGGACCAGACCCAGGCCCAGGCCCGGGCCCGGAAAGGCUUUCUGGACGAAAGAACUUGAUACGGCAGCGGGGAGUCAGUCCACUAUCGCCCAGUCCAGCACCGAACUAUAUUUCCUUUUUUGAUUUAAAAAAAAAAGAAAGGAAGAAAAGAAGUGGAUUUAGUUGACUGUGCAGUGUUUACAUUACAAAGCUGAAAUUCUUUUGUGUAACAGAUAAGGAAAAGGGUGUGGAAAAGCAGAAGCCAGUGGGAUGGGUUUGCCUGGUGCGCAGCCUUAUUCAGGGAUCUCGGACAGAGCUGGGCUCUCUCUCCGUUAGGAAAUAUCUUUCUCUCAGGGAUAUGACAUCAUGGCGACACCUCUGGUUCGAACCCAUCCGGAACCUGGAGUUCGGAGCGUACUACACUGUCUACACGCCAUUGCAGAAGCCUGCUUAAAAAAACAUGCCCUCAUAGAUAUAACUUUUUUUUGGCAGUAAAGCAAGUGCGAUGUUUGGACGUUAUAGGAGCACUAUAUCAUUUUAAAAAUGUGGAAUAUGACACAUUAAUCUCUCCAAAUUUGGAGACAUCAUCGUGUUGGAGGGAGGGUCGUGGGGCAGGAUAAAGCUAAAAUAUUUGCUCUCAGGGACUGUGACAGCAGGAAAUGGCACGUAUUUUCUGCUUGUACGAGCAGUUCACUAUCACCAACUUUUUUUUGCAACUUUCUGGUUUCCCCAAAAAGCUGCAUGACUCAUUUUGAGGUGACCAUCGCUGAUGAGUGGUUAAAUGGAUGCUGGUCUUAACCCACGGAAGAGCAGGCCCUUUUGAAUGCUUUUCAAAAUUCUGAGUCAGUGUUCUAGAACCCCAUCGCUUUCCGUUACCAGCAGUGAUUGUGAGACAUCAGCAUUAGAAUGUUCUGUAACAAACAUUCAAAUGACAUAUUUGUGAUCUUACACCCUCAGCUAGAUCUAGUCUUUCAUAAGUUUCACCGAAGCCAGGUACGCUCUCUGCAAUAUUGUGUGCAUUUUGUAGCUUUCCGUUGAAGUCUGUGUAGUUAUCCUUUACAAUGCUUGCCAAAAAUUGUUUAGUGUAUUGAAUGCAGCCAAUAACUGCCUCAGGAACUAUCCAGUUGCACAAAAAGAUGAUGCGUAAAAUGAAAGACAUGUAGGCCUAAAUCUUACUGUAAAGGGUGUCGGUCUGCCGAGCUCAUGAUGUACAAUGAAAGGUGAAACGGUAAGCGCUGCUGAACACUGCUGUACAUUUCUCCAUUGAGAGGGUUUCUGCCUGACUGACAGGACCAGGGUUCAAUAAGAGUGGUCGUGUGUUUUUUUUUUUUUUUUUAAUUUAUCUUUAGUUAUGCUGCUUUUCUCAAUGAUCAUGAACUCUCCUAUCAUGAACUCUCCUAUUUGUAAGAGAGAGAGAGAGAGGUCCGUUACGAUUGAUUGAGGGGUAGGGUGAAGUGAAUACAUGUGCUGUAGCACAAUCCAUCAACAUUUACAUUACGAUUUACAUUUAGGAAUAUAGCCAACGCUCUUGUGCAGAGUGACUUACGUAAGCGCGCCCAUACAGGUUUAGCUAACAAACAGCGCUGACGAUAAGUCAUCAGACUCACAACUGGCGAGCUUGAUAAGGGGGCCAGUCCAUUAUCACACACACACACACACAAUAUUUGUAUAUGCAGUAAAAUGUUUUACACGUAGAAGCCAGUGUGCCUCUCAUCAUAGCCCACAGCUGCAUCUGAACAUAUCUGCUUCAGAUGGCGAUCGCGGUACACUGACGGAAAUGUUCCUGAAUUUCGUACAAAUUAAUACAGCACGAGAAGCGCUUUCGCCCGCUCACGUUCCUCGUCUGGUUAUUUAUUAAUAACGCAGCGAAAGUUUAACGUCUGCAACCUCUCCCUCGACUGGCUUCCUCUGAAUUUUCAUUGGUCUGUAAAUGCAGUUAUGAAUGCGCUGUUGUGGGUGUAAUGGCUUUACUGUCUCAGGAGUGCCUUUGGUAAAUCUCAGAGAAGGGUAUUAUCAUUAUGCAUCUUUUUUUAUAGACUGAGGUAAGAAACUAACUACUGCAUCGAAGCAGGCUUUUAAAAUUAUAAACAAAUGAAAGGAUUACUGUAGAAGGAAAUACAACCAAAGUCAAAGUGCCAAAGUGAUCCAUAAGCAAUAAAUGAUGAGGUCAUUGGAGAGGCUGAAAAUUUUAUACUGCUGCUAGCCAAAUGUGGUGAUGCAAUCAUAUGAUAUUUCAGCUGUUCAGGUGACGUAAUGCCUUAUAUAGUAUGACUGCUGUUUGAAACAACAAGGCCUAGUCAAGCCUGGCAAUCAAACAAAGUUAACCAAACCAUCUGAAAGGGUAGAUAGCUCAUAAAAUUAUUGAAUGAUGAAGAUUAUUUGUUAUUUGUGUGUGUGUUGUAUGUGGCAGCUAGGGUAUGAAAUGUGCAAAACUGUGUAUUGAUGAUGAGAUGUCACUGGUUCUAAGAAGUGCAUGCAUGUAGUUCGUAAAAGUCAACUGUAGUAUUUUAUGACUUAUCUGAAAGUGCUCAAUCUUUUUGUGAAGAUUUCUCAUCGAAUGGGUCAAAGUGAACUUUUGACUGCUUAUUUUUUUUUUAAAUAAGGAGCUACUGUUUAAGAGAAUGUUCUCAGUGUCAGAGGUACAUAAGGGAAAAAAAUUCAAACAAUUUCAAGUUAUCAAAUGCUUUUAAACAGCUCCAUGACUUUUUGUCCUUGCCACUAUUUUUAAAAUAACCUUUUUGUACAAUCUCAACACGAAGGACAUUUGGACCAAAUGUACUGGCAGUUGUUUGCAAGUGGAGUAAUAUUGCCUGUGAGCCAUAAACACUCAAUGAUUCUGUGAAAAUGGCGUAACAGGAAGAGGUGGCCACUGCUCAUGGUGCACACGGCCCCUCAUUCCAUGUAGAGUCAUUUGAAUAUUAAUUAAAUCUAUUCUGAGACGUGCUCAGUAGCUCGCCUUUCUUCACGUAGCUGAACUCCGUUUGCACAGUUGCAGAAUUGCAUUUUUUUAAUCAAUCAUUUUCAUUACUUAUGUCUAAUAAAAUCAGGGACUUUGUUUAUUGUUCUUUGCUCUUCUGAAAAACGUUUAUAUUUCAAUGUAGUUUAUGUUUCAAAUUAAUGCUUAAAGAUUAUUAAAAAAUAAUAAUAAUAUAUUAACAUAAUGGUCAACUGUGAAGAGGAAGGAAUAUUCAUUAACAUUUCUGAAUGUGCCUCAUCAGGGUCAAUAUGACAUAUAAAAACCAAAGCCACUUGGGUCUUCAAAGACUGUGUUUGUGAGCAAAAGAUCUGUUUAUAUCCAGUUUGUGAAUGUGCCACAAUGCCCCAUAUAUGUUUAACACUGACAGUCUGGGAAAAGUUUCUUGCAAACUUUUUUAUUUAUGAUUUUAUUUUUGUAUUGUUUUAAGGCUGCUUCUGUAUUUAUUUGGGCAUAUUUACCAAAUCUGUGUUUUAUGAUCUAUUAACAUGUGAAAUCUAUUAAUUUCAUAUUCAGUCAAGCAGAAGUUUAUGGGUGGUCAGUUGUGUUUUCAUUGCUGUCACGGAGAACAUCUCAGUGUUUUUGGCCGCCAGUGACACUUUGGCCACCAGAUGGCGCUCAAAGCAGGGCUCUUGACUUUCUGGGUCAGCGCUAGCUUUAUUUGCUUAGCAUUUCUAGGACACUGUUUUGAGUGGAAAAAAUGUUUGCCACAUGUGUUCAUUUAUACGUUAUCCAUUUAUCUCUCGGUAUGUUGUACCUGUGAAUACGUGCGUUAGUAAUGCACACACAUUCCACAGCCCUUGUAAUAGGUGUAAUAUGUUGAGAGAAAAUAAAUAUAAUCUUCAUUUGUAGGA